AUGCUUUCAGAUACAAGUCGCUCGUCUGUGAAACUGCCGGUGCUAAGUUUGCCGCCGGAUGUUCCGUCUCCGAUCUCGUCGUUAGCAUUGACUGGCAAACCGCAUUAUAUUCUUCCCCCGCCAGUGACAAAGAACAAGAGGCCCGUGUCAUCGAACCUGCUUCCGUACACGUUGUCGGCGUCUCCCGAGACGCGAGAGUCGUCGCCGAAGGAGUCGCAGGACUCGGGCGUGUCAACGACCCCGGAAACAGAGGUCACGGCACCGUCCGAAAUCAAACGCGAGAAGCCAGAGACCGGCGGGGAAAAACGCAAACGUGGGCGGCCUCGCAAGUUCCCGGUGGCCACUGCUGACCCUCCCACAGAGAAGCGCAAAAGGGGGCGUCCCAAGCUUCCUCCGUUAGAAGAGAGAGAAAAGUCCAAGUACAUCAAAAAGAAGAAGCCUGAUCAAAAGGACCCCAAAAAGGAGGACAAACCAAUUCCAGAGUUGUUGAGCACCACAACCAAACAUGGCAAUCUUUCUCUCACCAACGUUUCGACCUCCAUGGCAGAAAACCCAAACGCAGAGUCGCCUUGCACCGCAACCACCAUCCUGUGUUUCUCCGCUGUCAGUCUCGCCGUCACCGCGUACGCCAGUCCAACGCCCAUCGUGCCGUUGGUCCCUGCAUCCAGUCUCUGUUUGGGCUCGCUCAUCAACAGACUCUGUCUGGAGAGGUCCAUUGUGCGGGCCCCUUCAGCAACUAUAGUCGCCGUUGCCGGUACGUUGCGUUCCACAGCGGCCAACGCCUGGCUGUGGCUGGGCAUCAGGUCGGGAUUUUGCACGCUCUCGCGUUGCUGCAGCACCUUCUCUCUUUGUGAGACAACCUGUUUAAGCUCUGCCGGCAGGUUUGGGAACUUGUGGGCAUUCAAUUCGUCAUCCAGGGCUCUGAUUGUCGUUUCCACGUGGCCGUGA